UGACCUGUUCCGCUUUGCAUCGCUUUUUAGGUCCUCCUUGGUACUUUGUUACACUUAGAUGCUUCACGUAGUUACUGUGAUAGUAAAGAUUGGGUUCCGCGAUGCGAAGUUCAGGAUGGAUAUCUCACGACACGGGAGGGCAGACGCCAAUACAGCUCGUACCUACAACCUUGCCUACAGCGGCAUUCCAUCCGUACGGACAACCAACAACUCGCUCCAGGUUGGGCUUACUUGCAAUCGCGGUUACGCUUGGCUCCAUGCAACAGUUGGAGUAAAAACGCCCAGUGUGAGCCCAGCUUAACCACCAAACAGUGUGAUAAACAACAACCAAAAUAACAUUAAAAUAACCAGAAAUAACGUGAUGGGAGGGUCGUGGUGGACGAGGGGAGGGAGAGAGAGGAGGAGCACCACGCUAAGCCGGGACAAGGAGGAUAAUGAUGGAUAACGGCAGAAAAUAAGGCGACCACCACCACCACCACGGGUGGGAAGGAGGAGAAGGAGGAGGCGAAGGAAGAAGAAGAAGAAGAAGAAGAAGAAGAAGGAAGUGAAUAAGUAUGUGAGAAAAAUUAAGAGAAACAGAUAAACAGUGAAUAUAAGGAAAAAAGGAAGGAAGGAAGGAAGGAAGGAAAGAAGGAAGAAAGGAAGAAAGCUGAUCCAGAAGUCACCACCACCACCACCACCAUCACCACCACCGCCAUCACCACCAAAAUGUCAUCACCACUUAAAUAGCAAUGAAGGAAGCUGAUUUCACCUCCCCUUUCCUCUCUCUAACUUCCUCCUCCUCCCCCUCCUCCUCCUCUUCCCCCUCCUCCUCUUCCUUCCCCCUCCUUAUCCUCCUCCUCCUACUCUCUCUCCCUCACCCCGCCCCCUCCUGCCCCCCGCCCUGCUCCUGCCCCCCCGCGCCGUCGCCAGGGGGGCCUCAGGGUGCGCGGGGGCUGGUGUGUGCCGGGCUAGGCCUAUCAGUCCCCCCCGAGGGUUCCGACACCCAGGGGAAGGUAGUGUCCGUUGACCUAAGCAACAAUGAAAUCAGUGCCCUGCCUGACCUGACCUUCGCCGGCUACCCUUCAUUGCUACGACUGAAGUUGUCUGGGAACCGAAUCAGCAGCGUCUCCGAAACAACCUUCCACCGCCUGGCCCUCGAAAGACUGUACCUCGACAACAACCGCCUGGCCAGCCUGCCGCCCGCCUCGCUCCCGGCGCCGCUGCAGCACCUCUCCCUCGAGGACAACCUCUUCCCCGCCGUCCCCGCCCCCGCCCUGGCCACACUGCCGCUGCUGCACCACCUAAACUUGGCGAGGAACAAAAUUACGAGGAUUGGCGCAGAUGACUUUACAAACUUAACUCUCCUCACCUCACUAUCGCUGCACCAAAACAGGAUCGAAACAGUGGAUGAGACAGCGUUCGAAUCCCUAACACAGCUCCAAUUCCUGGACUUGACGGAGAACAGCCUGAAGGAGAUUCCCGUAGCAGUCCUGUCCUGUCCUCGCCUGGCAAGACUGUUACUCAGCUACAACCACGUGCGGCACCUGGGGGAGGGGUCACUAUCAGGCCUGGGGGAGCUGUAUCAGUUGACGCUACACGGGAACCCCAUAGCGACCGUCCACCCCGCUGCCUUCACCCACCUCCCCGCCCUCCAGAAGCUCAUCCUGACGGACAUCCGCACGCUCUCUACCUUCCCGCUCCUGAACGGCACCUACAGUCUGGAGCUCAUCAGGAUAGACCGCGCCGCCCUCACCGCCGUGCCCGCCGCCCUCUGCUCCCUGGUGCCGCGGCUCGAGAGUCUGAACCUUCAGUUUAACGACAUCAAGGAGCUGCCCGACCUGACCGGCUGCGCGUACCUCAAGCUUCUGGACCUCAGCAACAACGAGAUCACCUCCCUGGGACACGCUGCCUUCGCCGACGUGCCGCUCCUGCAAGACCUCCUCCUGCAGAACAACAGGAUCCCCAGGGUGCCCGCCGACUCCUUCGUGGGACUCUCCAGCCUGCAAGUCCUAGCUCUCCAGAAGAACCAAAUAAGAGAGAUCGAGGAGGAUGCUUUUCUCCCUCUCGUCAGCUUGGAAGACAUCAACCUCGGCGACAACCACUUCCCGCGCCUGCCCCACACCGGCCUCCAGCAUGUCGUGUCCAUCAAGGUCCACAACAACAGGUUCCUCCGCGUCUUCCCCGGGCCGGAGAGCUUCCCGAAGGUCCACUCGCUCGUGCUGUCCUACGCCUACCACUGCUGCCCCUUCCUCAGCCUGGAGAACGAGGACACGAGGGCGGUGACGAAGAUCGAGGAGGACGUGCUGUACAACGUGUCGUGGUCCUCACACCCCGCCUUCUGGAACGCCACCACCUCGUCCUGGCGCGGCGACGGCGUGGUGCUGGUGGGCGGCGGGGAGGCUGAGGGGGACGACGCGGGCGGGGGCAUCUUUGCACGGCUGUGGGCUAACCUUCCCCCCGCUGCCUUCUCUCCAGCCACCACCACCUCCACCUCCACCACCUCCUCCACCGCCACCCCCACCAGCGGGCCCCAACACCACCUCCACCACCGCUCCGAGGGGCACCACCACCUGAACCCCGUCCUCCGCCCCCGACCAGAGUGUAUCCCCCUCCCCGGACCCUUCAUGCCCUGCCGGGACCUCUUCGACUGGUGGACGCUGCGCUGCGGGGUGUGGAUCGUGUUCCUGCUGGCGCUGAUGGGCAACGGCGUGGUGGUGGUGGUGCUGGUGGCCGCCUACACCAAGAUGGACGUGCCCCGCUUCCUCGUCACCAACCUCGCACUGGCGGACUUCUUCAUGGGCGUCUAUCUGGGCUUCCUGGCGGUGGCCGACGCCUCGACCCUCGGCGAGUUCCGCAUGUACGCCAUCCCGUGGCAGAUGUCGGCGGCGUGCCAGACGGCGGGCUUCCUGGGCGUGCUGAGCUGCGAGCUGUCGGUGUACACGCUGGCGGUGAUCACAAUGGAGAGGAACUACGCCAUCACGCACGCCAUGCACCUGCAGAAGCGGCUGUCGCUGCGGCAGGCGGCCUACAUCAUGGCGGCGGGCUGGGUCUUCGCCCUCACCAUGGCGGUGCUGCCGCUGGCGGGAGUGUCAGACUACCGCAAGUUCGCGGUAUGUCUGCCCUUCGAGACGGCGGGGGCGGGCCUGGGCUACGUUGUGUUCCUUAUGUUCAUCAACGGCGUGGCCUUCCUCAUCUUGAUGGGCUGCUACUUCAAGAUCUACUGCGCCAUCCGCGGCUCCCAGGCGUGGAACAGCAACGACUCCCGCAUCGCCAAGCGCAUGGCGCUGCUCGUGUUCACGGACCUGCUGUGCUGGGCGCCCAUCGCCUUCUUCUCCCUCACGGCGGCCUUCGACCUGCACCUCAUCUCCCUCGAGGAGGCCAAGGUGUUCACGGUGUUCGUGCUGCCGCUCAACUCCUGCUGCAACCCCUUCCUGUACGCCCUGCUCACCAAGCAGUUCAAGAAGGAUUGCGUGCUGCUGUGCAAGACCAUCGAGGAGUCCCGCGUCACGCGAGGCAUCGGCCGCUGCCGACACUCGUCCAACUUCAGCAACAGACAGACGCCCGCCAACACCAACAGUGCCGUGGACCACAGCGACCACCACUCGGACCGACCGGCGUGCCGCUGCGGCAAGCCGGAGCGGCGGCGGCCGCGGCUAAGCCUGGCGGCACUCAAACACUUCCUGUGCCAGCGGGGCGCCGCCACCGCCGCCUCCUCCAGCGACUGCAGCUUCCAGACGGACCCAACGGCCCGCCGCGGGCCGCGCCACACCUCGCUCUCCAGCGACACUUGCAGCGGCUCCUGGAGCGACACGUGGCGACGCGGGCGUGGCGGCCCGACUUCGGGGCGGCCCAUGGACCGCCGCCGCCACCACUCGUGGGCGGCGGCGCACCGGCCGUCGCAGGAGAGCAGCUUGUCGGCGUCACGACCUGAUUCGGCAGCGUCCGCCUCCACGGCCACCUGGCGCAUCUCCCGUUCGUCUGUGUCCUCAGACACCUCCAACAGCAGCGCCAGGACGCGCGGCAACGAGGCGGCCACAGCGGCACGGCGCGGCGCAACGUGGCGUGGCGAGGGCCGCGGGGCGGGGCCGCCGCGGCAGUUUAGUCAGGGGUGCGUCUCAGCCGCGUCGCGCCCCAUGUGUGGCCGCGGCAAGCCCCGCCUGACGCGCCAGGGCGCCGUGGAGCGUGAGGCGUACACGCCGGGCCGCGACGGCUCCGCGCCGGACAGUCCGCCGUGUCCGCUUCACCUGCGGCCCGAACACCUGUCGUGUGUGUACGAGCAGAGCCACGAGGACGACGCCUCCCCCGCCGCGCCGUCGCUGCUGCUGGACGCCGCCGCGUUGGACGACAGCGUCUUUGCAGACUCCAGCGACGACCACCACGCCUCCCCGCCAGUCUCCCCGCCCACGCCCCGCCCCGCUCCGGGCCCCGCUGAGCCCGCGGAGACGGCGGCGUUGCUGAUUGCAGCGGGCAGCGCGGUGUUGACGGCGGCGGCGCCCGUGGACGUCGCGCCGCUGGAGACCCACUUCCCCGUCGAGGAGCGGCGCCUACUCAUAUGAACUUAUGAAACGACGCGGCGCCCUGACCAGUCCCGUCCCGUGCUGCGGCCCAGCCCCAUGACAUUUUGUCCUCACCCUGUUCAAGGCGGGCCGGGCCGGGGCGGGGCAGCCCAAAAAAGCCAAAGACGAGUAGGGAGGAGUUGUAGCGUGGCGGCGGUGGCGGCUGUGGCACGUCUUUACCAUGAUGACUAUAUUACUAUAUUGUUACCACUAUCACCGCCGCCGCCGCCGCCACUGGUAACUUAAGUAUUUAUGUCGUAGUGUUGUAAGUCACUCGUGUCAGUGUUGUCUUAGUCACCAAGAUAAAGUAAAGCACGUGUAU